AGGGGAGGACCCAGCGGGGCGAAGGGGGAGCCCCCGCGCGGGCUCGAGGCUGGGUCGGAAAAGCUGCCUCACGGGCGCGCCCGCCGGGCCCUCCGGUCCCUCCCUCCCUCCCUCCCAGCGCUCCCCGCCCGGGCCUCCCUUCCAGUCUCCGCUGCGCCCUCCCGGAGGCAGCGCUCGCCGCGGCCUCGCCAUGUCCCAGCCGGGCCAGAAGCCCGCCGCCUCCCCUCGGCCCCGGCGCGCUGCAGCGGCCCGCCACACCCAGGAGCAUGUCAAUGAAAAAACCAGUGGAUCACCUUCCAAGUCAGGAGAAAAGAAAGGAUCAGAUGAGAAAGCAACAAGUCUUGGGAGCAGUCAACCCUCCAGAACCCAUGCUGGCGAAACAGCCCCAGCCACCAAGGUGUCAACUUCCUUUGCUUCGACAAGCAAGUCUUACAGUAUGAAUCCCACAGAAACCAAGGCCAUUCCAGUCAGCAAACAGAUGGAAGGACCACAUUCUCCUAACAAGAAAAGACACAGAAAACAGGCUGUAAAAACAGAACCUGAAAAGAAGUCACAGUCAACUAAGCCAUCUGUGGUUCAUGAGAAAAAAACCCAAGAAGUAAAGCCAAAGGAACACACAGAGCCAAAAAGCCUACCGAAGCACACAUCAGAUGCAGGAAGCAAGGAUGCUCAUCAAGAAAAAGCAGUUUCCACAUCAAGUGAGCAGCUGAAAUCAGAGAAAUCAGCAAAACCAAAGGCUAAAUCACAGGACACGAUACCUGCUGAUGGAAAGACUGUUGUUGCUGGUGUAGCUGCAGCAUCGGGCAAACCAGAUGACAAGAAAAAAGAAAGUAAAUCGUUAACAUCGGCUGUACCAGUUGAAUCCAAACCAGAAAAACCGUCUGGAGAGUCAGGCAUAGAUGCUGCUUUGAAUGACUUAAUAGACACUUUAGGAGAACCUGAGGGUGCUGAAGAAGAUACUACAACAUAUACUGGACCCGAAGUUUUGGAUCCGAUGAGUUCUACCUUCAUAGAGGAAUUGGGUAAAAGAGAAGUCACACUCCCUCCAAAAUAUAGGGAACUUUUGGCUAAAAAAGGAGUCCCAGGGCCUCCUCCAGACUCUUUGACGCCUGUGGGGCCCGAUGAUGCCAUAGACGCCUUGGCUUCUGACUUCACCUGUAGUUCUCCUACUGCUAGUGGACAGAAAACUGAGGAAGAGAAAUCUACAGGAGAGGUUUUAAAAGCUCAGUCAGCCGGGUUUGUCAAAAGUCCUGCUCCACCCCAAGAGAAAAAAAGAAAGGUGGAAGAGGAUGCAAUAAGCGAUCAAGCACUUGAGGCUCUUUCAGCUUCGCUGGGCAGCCCGAAGCCAGACCCUGAGCCUGACUUCAGCUCCCUUAAGGAAGUUGACGAGGCAAAAGCCAAAGAAGAGAAACUAAAGAAGUGUGGUGAAGAUGACGAAACAGUCCCAUCGGAGUACAGAUUGAAACCAGCCACGGAUAAAGAUGGAAAACCACUAUUGCCAGAGUCUGAAGAAAAACCCAAGCCCCUGAGUGAAUCAGAACUCAUUGAUGAACUUUCGGAAGAUUUUGACCAGUCUAAACGCAAAGAAAAGCAAUUGAAGCCAGCUGAAAAAACAAAGGAAUCGCGGGCUGCGGCCCCGGCUCCUGUGGGAGAGGCUGUGUCUCAGACCUCCAUGUGUAGUGUACAGUCGGCACCACCCAAGCCAGCUACCGUGGUGAGUGAUCCUCUGGGCAUUGAGAAGAAGGGCACGGUGCCAGAUGAUGCUGUAGAAGCUUUGGCUGGUAGCCUGGGGAAAAAGGAGGCGGAUCCAGAAGGUGGAAAGCCUGUGGAGGAUCAAGUCAAGGAAAAAUCCAAAGAAGAGGAUCGUGAAAAACUUGGUGAAAAAGAAGAAACGAUUCCUCCUGAUUACAGAUUAGAAGAGGUCAAGGAUAAAGAUGGAAAACCACUCCUGCACAAAGACCCCAAGGAAUCACUUCCGCCCUUGAGUGAUGACUUCCUUCUUGAUGCUUUAUCUGAGGACUUCGCUGGUCCCCAGGACACUUCAUCUCUUCAAAAGCAAUUUGAAGAUGCUAAACUCUCAGCUGUCAUCUCUGAAGUGGUUUCCCAAACCCCAGCUCCAACCACCCAUGCUGCGCGUCCACCCCCUGACGCUCUGCAGAGUGACAACAAAGAACUCGAUGAUGCCUUGGAUCAACUUUCUGACAGUUUAGGGCAGAGGCAGCCUGAUCCCGAUGAGAACAAACCAGUAGAGGAUAAAGUCAAGGAAAAAGUUAAAGCUGAACAUAGAGACAAGCUGGGAGAAAGAGAUGACACGAUCCCACCUGAGUAUAGACACCUCUUGGAUAAAAAUGAUGAGGGCAAACCAGUGAAGCCACCCGAAAAGAAACCUGGGGAAUCAAAGAAAACUGCAGAUGACCAAGACCCCAUUGAUGCCCUCUCAGGGGAUUUUGACAGCUGUCCCUCAACUACAGAAAGCUCAGAGAACACAGCAAAGGACAAAGACAAGAAGAAUGCUUCCAGCUCCAAAGCACCCAAGACUGGGGGUAAAGCAAAGGAUUCCGCAAAGGCAAAGAAGGAAACUUCUAAGCCAAAAGCUGAUGAAAAAAAGACGAGUUAAAGUUCACACUAUUUGGUAUCUGCAUAUAAAAUCUUCAACUGGUGGAUGGUGACUUUUGAAGAACAAAAGGCUUUGACAACAGAACAUUUUCCUGGGUGGCUUCUAGACAGGGGUAUUUGUGGAGGCUUUUGACAUCCUAGACAUUGGUUUGGUUAUUCUUUUCCUGGAAAGAAAUUGAAUUUGUCUGGUUCACCUGUGUUAUUGUACUGAGUAUUGAUAAACUUUGGAUUUUUAAAAAUUGCCUUGGGUUGGGAGAGAAAGGAACUUUAUAUUUCUAAGAUAUAUUUGAUAGUUUCUUAAAGCAACACACACGAGAAAAGGAAAAAUCUUUGCAAACUUUUGCACAUUCUACAUAGUGCCUGUAAAUCUCAUUUGUAUUUUCAGUUUGCACUUAAAUUUUUUGUUGUCAUUAGCAUUUGAAAAACAAUGCUUUAAACAUUCUUCAGUGUUCUGAUUUCUCAUUACCCCUUUCCUCUUGGGCUUUUGAACCGUAUUUGAUGUUUCUUUGGGUUAAUGUUUGUAAGUCAAACAUUAAAUAUUGUACAUUGGGCACUUAUCGCCACUCGGGCUGCUGAUAAGAAGUUAAUAGAUAACCUGGACAGACCAGGAAGCACCACACCCCUUUUCAGGUUGAACUCUUCUUUCCCGAAGGUUGGGACUUCUUUGCACCUUAUAGCCAGCAGAAAACAUACUGAGACUUGAAUCAAGUCAGAAGAGCAAAUUGCAGACUAUUAUGUCACCGCAUAUCAAGUUCCAAGAAUUAAAUCUAAUUCUUAGGCUAUUCCUAUGGCUUGAACUGUUGGUUUACUGUGUUAAGCUGUGCUUUCCAUUCCCUCUGUAUAAACCUAAGCAGCAAUUGUUUGCUGAGAGCAAAUGCCACUUUAGUCUUUGCACUGUAUCGCAUCUGGCUUCAUGGAAGUUUACCAAAUACACACACUUCUGCUUUUAAAAAAAAAAAAAAGAUAUCUGAAAUUUAAAAAUUUGCUUUUCCCCCCACAGCAAUUUAAGGCUCCGAUUCUUGCACCUUUGAAUGGGUUCUCUGAGUGGUUUAUGAUCAUAGAACUGAUCUCAUUGAUGGGAUUUUGAAAAAUAUUUAAUUUCAUCCUUAGUUCCUAGUAGUGAAUAAAGGAACAGACCAGGUACAUAUCAUAAAACUGAUCGAGAAUUUAUUUUAGAGAGAACAGCCUUCCUUAGCAUCUGUUUCAAGUUUUUGUUAGGACUGAGCAGACUUCACUAAAAAUAUCACCAAUACUGUCUAAUGGAGGGGCAAGCAAAAAUAACAUUGCUUAUAAUGGGCAAAUUUUAUUAAUACUCUAAAAAUUCUCUUUAAAAAGCACGCGCAUAGCUAUGGGAUUUCAAACUUCCCCCACUUUCAAUGCUGUCUCUCUCGUCAGAGAUGCAGGCAUUAGCCUAUUAUUCUGAAUCUGGGAACUAUAAGCCAGUGUUUCAGAGACUAAAUAGACCUUUUCAAGGCACUACCAAGAAAAUGAAAAACACUUUUCCUGAGGGAUUUUAAAUAUGUGUCUAGUUCCAUUUGGGUAGUAUAGUUUUUUGUUGGAAAAAAAAAAAAA